UCUGCCCUUCUGCUCCAGUCUUGUGAAUUGCUCUACGACGCAGCGGCUCUGAUAGCCCUCCUGCAACGAGAAGAAGGGUUGAGAGGAAGGCGGGAGAUCGAUGUCGUCCGAGGUGGAGGAAACUCUCAAACGAAUCCAGUCACACCGGGGGGUUAAGGGCGUGCUGAUCUUGAACAACGAUGGGAUCCCGAUUCGAUCCAACCUCAGCCAAGAGGACACCGACACGUACUCGGCCUUGAUCAGCCAGCUGAGCUUCAAGGCAAAUGGUAUAGUACGGACGCUGGACGAGGCAGACAGCCUUACUUUUUUGCGACUGCGGAGCACAAAGCACGAGAUUAUGGUGGCGCCAGACAAGGACUACAUCUUGAUCGUCAUCCAGAACCCCCACUCGAAGUAGCUGGUGAUGCUGUUCUCUUGCUCUUGCCCUCUUAGCAGCCCAGGGUCGAAGCAGUUUGACGAAUGGGUGGUGGGGACGACUCUCUCUGUCUGGAAGGAGAAGGCCCUAUUGUGCGUGGGGUUCAGUUGUUCUUGUCGUUGCCGUAGAAUAGGUCGGUUGUAUACACCAGUUUCGAGUUGUUCUACAGUCAGGAUUGCAACAAUAUGUUUGUACAAGUAAAAUGGUGUGGUGUGUCCUCGUGAGUGAAUUUGUGUGUGUUCUCGCGUCAGGGAUUCAAGGACGCACCGCCGAAGAAAUGGUGGGGAAUUCCUCCUGCAUGGCCCCGGUUGGUGCAUGGAUGUAAGCUGACACCCAGAAUAGAUGGGACGAAAUAGCCAUUAAGAAAGGCUGCACAUGC